CGCGUUUCAGUCGUCAGUGUACCGCGGCGUGCCGCGUAGCUCGCACGCGUGAUGCGCGCUUACUGACGUAUUAUGUUCCUACCCGACCUUCCGCGAGCCUGCAUGGUGGAGGACGUCGCAACCUACCUCCAAGCGCCCUCCUCGGGACAGGACGAAUUCCAUCCGUUCAUAGAGGCCCUAAUGCCUUUUGUCAAAUCCUUUUCGUACACCUGGUUCAAUUUACAAGCUGCAAAGAGGAAAUAUUAUAAAAAACAUGAAAAGCGGAUGAGUCUCGAGGAGGAGCGGCACACCAAGUAUGAAUUACAGAAUGAAAAAGCAGAAGUAAAGCAGAAAUGGGCAUCAAGACUGCUGGGAAAACUACGGAAAGACAUAACUCAGGAUUGCAGAGAGGACUUCGUGCUGAGCAUAACAGGGAAGCGGCCGGCAGUUUGCGUCCUGUCAAAUCCAGACCAGAAGGGGAAAAUGAGAAGAAUUGACUGUUUGAGACAAGCUGAUAAGGUUUGGCGUCUAGAUCUAGUAAUGGUGAUCCUAUUCAAAGCGAUACCUCUAGAGAGUACAGAUGGUGAACGCUUGGAGAAGCAUCCAGAAUGUACCCAGCCAGGGCUGUGUGUGAACCCCUACCACAUCAACGUGUCCGUACGGGAGCUAGACCUGUACCUCGCGAACUUCAUCAAUAGCUAUGGUAAUGGGAGCGACGGUCUACCAGAUAUUCUAAGCGGUUCCCUUUCGCCCCACACGCCUAGAGACAAAGAGAACGAACACGAGGCAAAAAACAAAGGGUAUUCUCACAAUCCGUACAAUGGUGUUAUAUGCAACGAUAUAAUUCUAGCGACUGGCGUCUUCUCGUCCAAGGAACUGUGGAAACUUUCCAAAGCGUCAAUUCUCCAGGAGACGGGGUCAGAAUCACCGAGCGGUUCUGGAGGGGGUAUCAAGCUGGAGUCCACGUACUACGGAUACAACAGUCCUGCCCCACCAUCAUUUGAACCUCCUUCAGAUAGGGGGACGCCUUCCACCAUGCUUGUUGGACAGUGUUUCAGUAUUCCUCACAGCUCGGCUGGCCUCAGCGCUCAGCCUCCGUUGGUGUCCUCCAACACUAUAUUCUAUCAACACCCUCCACCCACAGAGACACAUCCUACAUCGUCUGAAGGAUUGUCGAGUCAACACUCCAGCGCCAAAUACGACAGCUCGGGGCAGGAUUCGCUCGGUGACUUCGUAACCUUCGUGUGUCAGGAACCCCCCACAGACGUCCAACAAUUACAAGUGCACAGUUUAUCGCGGAGUCCAAAGCCAUACUUCACCAGCUCCAUGCUGCCGCCGCCACCGCUUCCGCCUAUGGCUAGACCUGUGGCCAUCAUCAGAUCUACUGACUCUGACUUCACAGCGAGCGAGUGCGUGAGUGGCGUGGGGGCCGGCUCCCCCUCUUCUCCGGAGGUGCGCUCCCCGGGAGGCUCGCCUCGUCGCCGCAGCCCGCACCCCUACCGUCACCCGGACUGUCACCCUCCCAUCUCACACUUCAACCACUUUCAUCCGCAGUCACAACAGGUUUUCAGUUACGGUUCGCUAGGUGGUGGGGCUGUGGUGUCAGGUGGAGGAGGUGGAUCACCACCAGGUGGUCUUGGACUGUAUGCUCCCCGUCCUCCGCCCAGAGCACCUCCUAGUUCUUUAUUGAUGGAUUUCAGGUGGAAUGCACCAUUCACAACUCUAGAAGACGAAUUUAACAUAAUGACUGCGCCGACAGGACCUGAUCACGUCGUGCUCUUAGACGACGAGCGUUUUUUUCAAUCUAACGUAAUCACAUCGGAUGCUUCUGCGAUGGACACAACGGGAACUAACGUUGGACAAGCAGUGGGGGUCGAUACGUCAGACGAUAUCGCUCCGGAUAAACCGGCACCGGAUCUGCGCUCACCGUGAUCUUUGCACUAUGCGUCCGAGACGACCGCUCACGGCGACGUCUCGCACGCAACUGUGCUCCGGUGGACCCCCGCACCUCUCCCCCACUGGCGACCUGUUACACACCGGACAGUUUAGUUCGAACUAUGAGGUUUCAAAUUUGAAAAUCGAACAUUUUGAUUUGACAAUAAUUUAUUCGCUGUACAGAAUAUUUUUUUUAUUAGUAUAGUGUAUAUAUUUUGGCAAUAGUAGAUUUAGUUCUCGUGUGACUUUGUACAGACGUCACUUGUUUUGUUUGGACUAAUGCUAUCUAGCGCCGGAACAUUAUUUAUCCCCGUUUACAAACUACAUAAAGUUAUAGAUGCGACAUUAUAAUGUUAUAAUGAUAUUGUAAUAUUUUUAUAGAUAUUAAAUAGAAUGAACAUAAAGAAGCCUUCCAAUAAUAAUUUAGUGAAUAAAAAUACUGCUUAUAACAUUGUGUUGCUGGCCUUUAAGGCAGUUAUAGAAAAGCGGUUUAUGAAAAUGCUUCCAAAAACUUUUCGAGUGUGAUAACUGAUAAGUUGUUUUCGUUUUGUUGAUUAAAAAUUAUAAUGAUUAGAUUAAGCUUGAUAAUUUUGUAAGAUUUUUUAACUUAUUGAGUGGUUUAAGAAAGACGAGCGUUGCUUAAGAAUUUAGUUUAGUUGUUUAAUUACGUAGAAGCUGCCAUCUUGUAUUUAUUGGUCUCAAUCUGAAGUAAUCCAGAAACAUAUAAAUACUCAUUAAAUAAGAACAAAGUUUAGUGCAUUGUUAGAUCUCAUGAUGUGUCAUUUUUAUUAGAUAUUUAUUUCGGAUGGGGAUUAAUAAAACAUGAUAUUCUAGUGUCGACAUUUGUCGAGGGACUUAUAGGUGCCUUUUGUAAUAUUUAAUAAGGUAUUUAAUAGGAUUUGUAUGUAGUUUCGUCAUAAAUCCAUCCGUAUACAUAAUUAAUAUUAGAAAUAUUUUGUAACCAUUAAACCUCUUAGAUGAGACAGCAUUUUAUUUGAUUUAUUAUUUUUGUCACUUUUAUAACCGAAAUUAAUAUAUGAACUGUAAUAUAUAUAUGUAUCCAAUUUAUAAAUGUUUAUUGGUUACAAGAUACUAUGUAGAGCUUUUAAUUUAAUUGGAAUCACAAUACUUUGUCAUCGCAUUUCCGUGGCCAUACAAGACAUGCUAGUCAUUAGAGUUACAUUGUAAUUAAUAAUUGUACUUAAAAGAAUAAUUAUUUACAAUUAUAGAAAGAACCUCUUACGUUUAUUAGUAAGGGGCGUUUGUGGCCAAAUUACACUUAAUAAAAUCGAAAUAUAUAUACACGAUUUGAUAGUUUUAGAUAUAUACGUAACUCUUAACAUGACACUUUUUUAAUAUUAAUAUAAUUUCAAAAUAAUACACGCAGUGCACUGAAUUUUAUGAAUUGUUUCCUUUAUUUAAUGAUUCGCUAUUGUAAUUUUUAAUUCAUAUUAAAUGUUAGCCAUGAACUAAUAUUUAAAUUUUGCUUUAAAAUUUGCUGAACUAAUGCAAAAAUUACUUACUUACUUUAGCAUCUCAUUUAUUCGGAGCAUUGUCUUAGUUUCCAUACAACAAAAAAAUAUAAAAGUCAACUUUUAGGUUCCUAAAGAUUAUGCUAGUUUUUAUAUUAACCUGCAAACAUUUUCGUUUAUUUUAAAAUUAGCAGAAACAGUAUGCUUCUUAGCAUAUUCGGUAUAUUUUCUUUUACAGCUAUAGAUGACAAUUGUAUAGGCUGAAAACAAUAACAAUUAAAAUAUGAUUUGUUGGUUACCUAUUCAAUAAUCUAGAAUAUUAGAAUUAUAGGAAACUUAGCAAUAACUGAAAAGCAAUAAAUUGUUAUACUUAUAGUAAAUCAGCUUUAGUAAAGCUAGAAUUGGAUAUUGAAUUAGAAUAAACGCAUAAUAUUUUUUCUAUAGAAAGAGGCUGGAGGAACGGAGUUCCAUGUUAAAGCAGUUUGGUACAAUUUAUAAGUAGCUGUUCUACAGAAUACUAUAUAGUUAUUAUAUAUUACAGCAAUACUACGUUAGUUAACUAGGUGGCGAAGAAUUAGUCAAUUGCUAGCUAUAGACAUUAUUAUAAUAUAACAGGAGACCUAGAAGUGACGUCACGUACCUAACCAACUCAGAGUAGCAUCGCAACGUCUCAACGUGCGUCACCGCGCCAUGAAAGUUCAACAUGCGCUGGAGUCGCGGUGUGACGAAUUUACAAGCUCAUUGGUGCCGAAAAUUCUAGACUGUGAUUAAAUUGUUCAUUCUGGACGUGUCUUAUAUUGAAAUAGUUGUUUUGUAUGAUUGGCGAUGAUCACGGCGAGUGCUGUAAUGGAAAGAUAGUUAUUAUGUAAAGAUACAUGUUGUAUGAAAUGCAUUAAUUUAUAACAAACUGUAAUGUUUGUUAGUAAAUCAGAGAUAUUAACUUUUUUAUUGACAGUGUCGGUAGAUUCGGUAGUAUUUCUAUUGAUAGCUUUGCAAUAGUGUGUGCGUGUGACAAACGCACCAGGUCAUUCUAAAUUAAGCAUUUGUUGGACACAAUAAGGCGGUGCGCUUGUCACAGCGUACAUUUGUUUAAAUUUUUAAUUAGCACCAUUAUUACGAUAUGUAAUGAUAAUUAUUGAAAGCCUAAACAUUAUGUGCCUUAGAUACAACAAUAUUGUAUAUUUACGAUGCGUUCUAUACAACGUGCUAACUAGAAAUAAAUGAUAAACGUUAUUUUCAAAGCCUGAACUUGUACCUUCAUUGUUAGACUUCAUUUCUGCAAAGGCUUGAGAAUGUUAUCACUUUUGUAUCUUAUUUACCUAUGCUGAGUUCGGUCGGAAUACCCGUUAUGUAAAUUGUUUGAUUUCAUUUCCAUUUGAACACCCAAUAUUCGAAAGCAAUGUAACCUAGACACCCGGCAGUCUGGAAGUUGAUUUCGAAUCCAGAGUUUAAACCUCGUCUAUAUUAUAUCUAUUUUUAAGUAAUGCUUUCAUGCGUAGUUUCGCUGACUAUCAAAUAUUUCUAAUGUAUUAUAUAAUUUAGUACUUACCUACAUUGUACCCAUAUUAUACCCAUGUAUAUUUUACUGAUAUGUAUAUCUUAAUCUACGCAAAUUCAAUUAGGCUCGCUUUUAUUUUGAAUUAGAUAUCCUCUCCUCGAUUCCCGCGAAGCUUCUUACUAAUCUCGAUUGAUACUCGAUGCUAUACUUUCGAUACCUACUUUCCUUUCUGAAAAAUAUAUUUAUGAUAAAUAUAAAGAAACGAAAAUCCGUCUUUAUACGUUAUCAGGUUCUCAAAUAACAAACAUACGUAACUAAACAUUGUGUAAUGAUAAUUAAUUAAAUUAACCCUUAGAAAAGUACUCCUAGUUAUGAAUUUUGUUAUGUCAAUUUUAUGUGCAAUUAAUUUGUAGCGAAUUUAUGAAUUAUUUUUUAAGUACAUUAUCUGUCUUCUUAUUAAGUGUCUUCUGUAAAUAUAUUUUUGUGUGUAAUUUCGAUUUAUUUUUGAAAUAAAAAAAUACGUUUGUACGUUUUGUCUUUUCCAAAUUUUUUAAAUUUGUGUAAUCUUCUUAGGUUUUUCGUGUUUAACUUAACCUUAGAAAUCAAAUAACUUGUAAUAAUUUUAUGUAACACCAAGUAAGGAUAACGGAGUUAUUUGGUUUUUAUGUGACUAAAAUAAGAAUAGACUUGUAAAAAUGUUAUAACGUGUAUUUUUAACCUAUACAUAGUAAGAUAUUUAUAGAAUUUUAGUCGUUUAAUUAUUUCGAACGACUUGUUAUAAAGAAAAUUGGUGCUUAAAGCUUAAAACAAAUAUGAGAGACACUACUGUGUCAGUGUGUAUUGUCAGAGGGUUGGAGCAUUUUGACAUAGCAUGCGUUGUUAUGCUCGUGUUUUGUGCUGAAUUGUUUCCUCAACUAUCUGGGAAAAUUAAAAAUUAUAGUUUUAUACACUUAACAUACAACUCCAUUUUUGACGCACACAAUAUAAAAUAGAUGUGUUUAAUUAUUAUUGUAUAUUAUAUUUCUUUACUUAUCUCUAAACAUUAUUAACUUUAUUUUAAGCAUACAGAUCGUAAGAAGUAUGGUUUAUUAAAUUAUUAUUAACGCACAAUAUUUUAACUCGACGCUAUAAAUCGCAAAAAAACUAAAUGUCUUAGAACGUCGUAACAAAACCACUUUGCACAAAAGAGCGCAACAAUAUUCCCGUUGAUAAAACAAUUCGGCGUAAAUACGAACAGUUAUAAUAAUGUAGGUAAACUUUGCUCAAUAUCGAUGAAAACUGAAGUGUUACAGUUGAUGCAAUACAAAGAAACAAAUAUA